GGGAAGUCAAUUGAACUCAUUGUUAAAAUUCCUAAUGAGAGACCAUAUUGGUACUCGAGCUAUUUACAACAAGAAGUGUUCCGAAAGAAAUAUACUGUUCCAGAAAAUGGAGUCAUCAAUUUUGUGGUUCCUGGUAAACAAAUUUCACAGAAGGCAAGAUCCCUGACGCUGGAGGUAUGCCUUUGAAUUUUAGCUAUUUGUUAUUAUUAAUUAAAAAGAAAUAAAGUCGAACACCAAUGCACUGGUCAGCAUUGAGAGAACAUUACCUUUUUUUUCUUUUGUAAGAGAUGUAUGGUUUGCAUAAUAAAUUAUUAUCCCCUUUAAGUCCCAAAAGUGACUAACAUCAAUUCUAUCCUUGCAAUAUCAGUACAUGAUCAAAAGAUUAGACUGUAAAGAAAAAAAUUGAAAAAAAUGUUAUUUUGAUGUGCUUAUUCCUCGUUAUCAAUUUUUAUUGGUAGGCAAAUUACAAUGGUAAACGUGGAAGUAGCUAUAACGUAGGGCAGCGUUGGUUUUCUCCAAGUAACAGUUAUAUUGAAAUGGAAAAGAUCACCGUUCCACUGAAAGUGAGUAAACUUUUGCAAUAA